AUGGCGGACUCCCUAGCCUUAGCCAUGGAGCAGCUGGCGCUCACAGUCAAGGAUGUGAAUUCAGACUUGAUCCAAUCGCGUCUUGAAACGCUGCUCACGGAGGAAGACAAAGAUACAACCGCCACCACCAGAACUCGCAAGCAGACAAGCAAGAGUGCGACGGAAUCGUUGGCAGAGCUUGAAGCCGAGUUCUUGACACCGUCUUCUAGGUUCAGCCCAAAUUGGUUGAACCAGCUACAGAAGCGAUGGGACGUACCAGCAGAUAUCACGGACCUCUUUGAGAUUGCCCCCACGCAAACACGAACCGUAACUCGAUUCACACGAGAAGGCCUGGAAGGACGAGUGACGGGCUAUCAUGAAGUGACAAUUCCAGCGACAAGCGAGACGGCCAAGAACUCAACCUCUCUACUGCGCCGUCCUGCUGGUCGUGCAGACUUUGUCCGAGGUGCCGCCGGAUUCUUUCCCUUCGCACCUGGUGGGUUGGAUGGAGUCGAGGCUCUGGCUGAAAUGGAGGCCGAUGCUCAGAUUACAGAGCAGUCGCGCAGUGGUGGAAAGAGAUCAGGCCUCGAUCGAAUUAUCAACUUUGGAUCCGAGGGUGGUCUCUUGACAACACCCCCUGGCUUUGACCGUGGUCUCACCUUCGCCGAGGCAAAGUCCAAAGAGGCUGCAGAGGGGGACGAGGAAGUGGAGCAUGCUCUCCAAGAGGAAAGCGGUCUCCAAACCGACAAGCCUGAUAUCACCCCCGAUGCUGAAGGACUUACCGAUGGCGGAGGUGAGGAGGAAGCCAGUGACGAGGAGGAAGAGGACAUCGAUGCUUUGUUACCAGUCGAAUUCCCUGCACUUGAACCGCGCAACCAGCUGCUCGCAGGCAUUCAGAAGCAGAAGGGUAGAGAGUGGGCUCACGUCGUCGAUGUAAACAAGGAGAUUACCAACUUCCAUGACUUGGUUCCAGAUAUGGCCAGAGAAUGGCCAUUCGAGCUGGACACUUUUCAAAAGGAAGCUGUGUACCACCUUGAGAAUGGCGACUCGGUGUUUGUUGCUGCACACACCUCCGCAGGCAAGACUGUCGUCGCUGAAUAUGCCAUCGCAUUGGCAUCUAAACACAUGACGAAGGCCAUCUACACAUCUCCCAUCAAAGCGCUGAGCAAUCAGAAAUAUCGGGAUUUCCGAACAAUAUUCGAUGACGUCGGAAUUCUCACGGGUGAUGUUCAAAUCAACCCCGAGGCCAGUUGUCUCAUCAUGACAACCGAAAUUCUUCGCAGUAUGCUUUACCGAGGCGCGGAUCUCAUUCGUGAUGUUGAAUUCGUCAUCUUUGACGAGGUACAUUAUGUCAAUGAUCUUGAGAGAGGAGUGGUCUGGGAAGAAGUCAUCAUCAUGCUUCCGGAGCACGUUACUCUCAUUCUCCUAUCUGCUACUGUUCCCAACACCUACGAAUUCGCGUCCUGGGUGGGCCGCACGAAAAAGAAGGAUAUUUAUGUGAUCUCGACGCCGAAGCGACCCGUCCCGUUGGAACACUAUCUUUGGGCUGGCAAGGACAAAUUUAAGAUAGUUGAUUCCAACAAGCGAUUUAUUGAGGGUGGCUGGAAAAAGGCGAACGAUAUCAUGUCCGGCAAAGAAGCCAAAGCCAAAAAAGAAGCCGAGGCUCAAGCCCAGGCCCAGGCCCAACGGGGCGGACCUCAAGGACGGGGACGGGGACAGCAAGGGGGCAGAGGGGCUCCUCGAGGAAAUGGUCCACGUGGAGGUGGAGGUGGAGGCAGAGGGCAGCCGAAUGGACGGGGGCAGCCUUCUCACCGGGGGACUGGUAACAUCGCUCGCACUGGCCGUGGCGGUGGUCGACAAUCUGCUGCCCAGGACAAAAACACCUGGGUUCAUCUCGUUUCACAUCUUCGCAAGGAGGACCUGCUCCCAGGCUGUGUAUUCGUCUUCUCCAAGAAGCGGUGCGAAGAAAAUGCGGACUCUCUUUCCAACCAAGACUUCUGCAACGCGUCAGAAAAGAGCUUGAUCCACAUGUUUAUUGAGAAGUCUCUCACCCGUCUCAAGCCAGAAGACCGAACUCUGCCUCAAGUCCUCCGUCUCCGUGAACUACUCAGCAGAGGUGUUGCCGUACAUCACGGCGGUCUUCUGCCAAUCAUGAAGGAGAUUGUCGAGAUUCUCUUCGCAAAGUCCCUAGUGAAAGUCCUCUUCGCCACGGAGACUUUCGCCAUGGGCCUUAACCUGCCAACCCGAACUGUGGUCUUCUCUGGAUUCCGCAAGCAUGAUGGUAAAGGCUUCCGAGAUCUCCUACCUGGAGAGUACACACAGAUGGCAGGACGUGCAGGGCGCAGAGGUCUCGAUACUGUGGGUUAUGUGCUCAUAACGAAUAGCGGAAGAGAGGAGGCACCGCCUGCUGGUGCUUUGAAGAAGAUGAUUCUUGGAGACCCAACCAAACUCAGAUCCCAAUUCCGACUCACAUAUAACAUGAUCCUCAAUCUCCUUCGUGUGGAGGCUCUCAAGAUCGAAGAGAUGAUCAAACGAAGUUUCAGCGAGAAUGCCACCCAGGCCUUGCUACCAGAACAUGAAAAACAAGUUCAGCUUUCUGAGGCUAGCUUGGAAAAAAUCAAACGGGAGCCUUGCGAAGUUUGUGACGUGGACCUCGCUGCCUGCCACGCUGCUGCGAUGGAGUAUGAGAGGCUCACGGCAGAGCUGCACUCCGGCCUGUUCGCAAGCCCUGCUGGUAAACGACUCUUUGAAGUUAAGAAGCUCGUCGUGUACCGGAAGGAUGGAAUGCGCACAGCUGGCGUCAUCACCAAAGAGGGUAUCACAACUGGCACCGUGCCGUGUAUAACGGUGCUUGAAAUUGGCACCAUUAACGCCAGCAGGCGUCAUCCCAGCGAUAUUCUCCCGUUCCUCCCCAAGUUCCGAGAGUACUUUCAACAGUUACCCUCAGAUGGGGCCUCUAUGCAUCUCAAGAUAUGCAAGAUCCCAGUGACGGAUGUCGAAUGUAUCACGAACACGCGGGUUAAAGCUGGCGGACCAAUUUGGUAUUUAAAUAUCAAGAAGGCAGAAGCUGUCAAGUUUGCGGAUAAGGAGCUGACCAAGUUUACUUCGUCCUGGCUUAGUGACAGUUGGGACGAGAUCGAUUGGGCCCGCAUCAAGGAGCUGCAAUCGCGAGACAUAAUCGAUCAGCGGAAGGCCCAGGCAGAGUUUAUCCAGUCAUGCCACUGCAUGCGGUGCCCCAACUUCUUGAACCACUUUGAAAUGCAACAUGACGAGUGGCAGGUCAAGGAGAAUAUCUCGCAGUUGAAGCAGCUGAUGUCAGAUCAAAACCUCCAAUUGCUUCCAGAUUAUGAACAGCGCAUCCAGGUCCUGAGGGAGCUUGGGUUUGUUGACGACCACUCUCGUGUGCAACUGAAGGGCAAGGUGGCCUGCGAGAUUCACUCCGCAGACGAGCUGGUUCUGACCGAGUUGGUCCUUGAGAAUGUUCUUGCCGAAUACGAGCCGGAAGAGAUUGUUGCCCUUCUGUCUGCUUUUGUCUUCCAGGAAAAGACCGACAGUACUCCAACCCUCACCCCUCGAUUGGAGAAGGGCCAGGAAGCCAUUAUCCGAAUUUCGGAGAAGGUCAACGAUUUCCAGGUCUUGCAUCAAGUCAUCCAGUCCAGUGAAGACUCGAAUGACUUUGCCAGCAAGCCCCGGUUUGGCCUUGCGGAGGUGGUCUACGAGUGGGCCAAGGGCAUGUCCUUCAACCGCAUUACCGACCUUACUGAUGUGAUGGAGGGUACUAUUGUCCGGACGAUUACCCGGCUUGAUGAGACCUGUCGCGAGGUGAAAAAUGCAGCCAAACUGGUUGGCGAUCCAUCGCUGUAUACAAAGAUGCAGCAGGCGCAGGAGCUGAUCAAGCGGGAUGUCAUUUUUGCCGCGUCCCUGUACAUGUAA